GUGUCCCUACCCCCGUCCAGGAACAGUCUGUGUGCAGGUGCCGGUUCCAGGUUCGGUGAAAAAGGGCUUGGUUGGGCAUCUGCACUGGCUUGUUAUUUUGCCUUGACCUCUUUUCUUAUAAUCUAAAAAUCUUUGCGUUCUGAACGACCGUUUACGAUUCCACAUUUACGAUGGCUUUCCUGUUUAAAUCGAAGAAGAACCAGCAGGGUACUGGCCUACCCCCGGCGACGAGAAAUGUUCAUACCUCAGAAGGAGCCCCGGCCUCAGCAGGACAGGCGCCAGUCAAUGGUGUUAAGGAACGGGAUGGAGGGAGUUCGCAGACGCCGACUCCCAGCAGCAGUUACAAUAAUUCGUUGAAUUCGGUAAAUAGCACGACCAGCCCCGAGAACCAACGGGUGCGACAAAGAGCCGAAUCGGAAUCGCAAGUUCAACGACCUCCGCCAACGACAAACGGCACCACUUCCCCCGGCGCCAGCCCGAGCGCCUCCCUCUACCCAUGGUCACAACGUCGACUCAACUUUUCUAAUCAGCAGACAAAUCCUUUCCCACGGUAUGGUGCUGCGAUCAACGCGGUUGCCUCGAAGGAGGGCGAUAUUUAUUUGAUGGGCGGAUUGAUCGAUGGAUCAACUGUGAAGGGAGAUCUUUGGAUGAUUGAGAGCAGCGGCGGUAAUCUGUCCUGCUUUCCAAUCGCGACUGUCUCGGAGGGACCUGGCCCCAGAGUCGGCCACGCGAGCUUGCUGGUUGGCAAUGCUUUCAUCGUAUUCGGCGGAGACACCAAGGUUGAUGACAAUGAUACAUUGGACGACACAUUAUAUCUCCUGAAUACUUCCUCGCGACAAUGGUCGCGCGCCAUUCCUCCUGGUCCCCGGCCCUCCGGACGCUACGGUCACACAUUGAAUAUACUGGGCUCGAGGCUUUACGUGUUCGGAGGACAGGUCGAGGGAUACUUUUUCAACGAUCUGGUUGCUUUUGACCUCAACCAGCUUCAGAAUCCUGCGAACAAGUGGGACUUCCUGAUCCGCAAUUCCCAUGAAGGUGGACCAUCUCCGGGCCAGAUUCCCCCGGCCAGAACAAACCACUCGAUCGUCAGCUUCAACGACAAGCUCUAUCUUUUCGGAGGAACGAAUGGCUUGCAGUGGUUCAAUGAUGUCUGGUCGUACGACCCGCGCGCGAACCUCUGGACACAGUUGGACUGUGUGGGAUUUAUCCCUGCACCAAGAGAGGGACACGCCGCAGCUCUUGUGAAUGACGUGAUGUACAUUUUCGGUGGUCGCACCGAUGAAGGCAUCGACUUGGGUGAUUUGGCUGCCUUCCGCAUCUCGACUCGACGAUGGUAUUCGUUCCAGAAUAUGGGCCCAGCUCCCUCUCCAAGGUCAGGUCAUAGCAUGACGGCCUUUGGGAAGCAGAUCAUUGUGAUGGCAGGCGAGCCAAGCUCUGCACCAAGGGACCCUGUGGAGCUCAGCAUGGCAUAUGUGCUCGACACGGCUAAAAUUCGCUACCCGGCCGAGAAUACAAAUGGAGAAAGAGCUGGAGCUCCAGGGAUGCGAAAAAUGAGUGGAGGAGAUAGGCCGAGUCCAACAACCUUAACCGGUCGUACAUCCCGGGAGGCCCAGAACCAGCCACCAGAUCGACGGGGGCCGAUAACAUCACGAGAAAGCUCGACGAUGAGUCCAACUGGAAGGCCGGCAGAGUAUGGACCGAGCCCUGGACCAGGCUCACGACUCCCUCGGGCGUCAAUUGCGCAAGCGCCAUCUGGGCCUCCUCCCCCGGGGCAGGCUCCGACCCCUGGUCCCAGAGGAACUACGCCUCAACAUGCCAUGAACCCCAGAAGCAAAACCCCGACAAAAUUCGACCGUGCAUAUGGGGGUACUGCAGUGGAGACCGUCCGGGCUGUGAAUAGCGAAAGGGAUCGCGAAUCGCCUGUGGCACGAGAGUCGCCCAGGGGUGUAACUCCUGUGCAGGAUCAAAGUGCUGCACCCGGUGGCCGUCACACACCUACCCAACCACAGUCGAGAAUGUCUGCCAAAGCGAUGGAGACUGGUGAGGCUGCUCCACUGAUGAGUGCACCUACACGCCAACGUUCUCUGCGCCAGCAAAGACAGCGUAGCUCCCUUGAUAGUGCAGAUAGCGAGUCAAUCCUCGGACGUCAAAAUAGCGUCGAUGGCCCCACCGAAGCCCGAGUUUACAGAAACUCUAAGGGCGACGAGCCUCGAUCACCCAAGCUGACUCCUCACCAGGAAGCUUUGAUCAAAGAGCUCGAAGUUGUCAAGAGCCGAAAUGCCUGGUACGCGUCGGAGCUUGCACUGGCCAAGAAAGCAGGCUAUGCUCCUAACCCUUCCAAUAACACUGCCUUGGACGAACGUGCAAGCGAUACCUUUGCUGACGAGGACCGCCCCCUAAUUGAGGCGUUCUUGAACAUGAGGGCAGAGCUUGCAAAGAUGCAAGCAACGGUGGAUCGACAGGCUGCCAUUGCUUCCAAGCGUGUCGCAGAGGUGGAACACCAGAGAGAUGCAGCAGUCAGCGAGGCGGCUUAUUCCCGUGCCAAACUUGCUGCCCAUGGCGGCAGCCAACGCGGUACCCCACAGCCUGACAGAUCGUCUCAGGACCCCGAUGACGCGAUGUCGGGGCGUGCCACGGACAUGAGCAGAAGGUUGGCCUUGGCUCUUGCGUCUCAAACCGAACUCAGAUCCAAGGUGGAAAUUGUUACGACCGAAUUGGAGCAGGAGAAGCAAGCUCGAGAGCUAGCUGAGGAAACCAGCGAAGCUACCCGGAAGAGGUUGGCAGAGAUUGAGAUGAACACCAAUGCUUUGGAGGCAGAGAGCCUGCGCACGGAGCUGCAUCAAGCUGAAGCCUCAAUGAGAGAGGAAGCAUUGCUUCGCUCUGAAGCCGAGGCUGCUUUGAAGCAACUGAGCUUGGAUAAGGAGGAGCUAUUGAGCAAGCUCGAGGACCACUCAACUCGCCUAAGAGACUAUGGAACCAAUUUUACUGGCCUCCGCGAGGCUGUUGCUGCCUCAUCGGACAAAUCUAACCUCCUCGAAAGACAAUUGGAUGAAGAGAGAGAGCGACGAGAGGGACUCGAAAAGAAGCUGUUGCAGCUCAGGACAGAACACGAAGAACGAGCCUCGGAUUUGGAGAACGCAACUCGUCGUCUACGAGAUGCAGAAGAGCUUGCUGAAAGCCAUGCGCGGGAAGCGGAGACCCACAAGAAUGCAUUCCUUGUUGGAUUGGAGCGUGCAACAUCAUUCGACUCGGAGGGCUCUGUACGAUCUGUCGCGGAUCAGCGGGUGACCGCCUUGGAGGCACAAGUCGAGAGGGCGAAUAGCUUGGCCAAGGCCAACCAGAUGGCUGCUAACGAGGCUGCAGAGAAACUCCGUCGGGCGGAGGAGAGAAUCGCUGGCUUGGAAGCAUACCAGGAACAGGCUAGCAGAGAAGGAUUGCAGCUCCGCAGACAGCUCCAGACCGCCAUGAAAGAAAGCCAGGCCAAUGCUGCUGAGAAUCGGGAUCUCAAGGCCCAAGUCGAGAACCACCACCGCGAGGCUGGUGCAUUGUCCAUUCAACACGCUGCUCUCAAGGACCUUCUUGGAGAGCGUGGAGUCAACACCGCAGAUAGCCGUCGAUCGCCUAGACUGGACUCGCCCGGAUCUCGAUUUGGAACUCCUGAGCAAAGCCGACUUCGUGAAUUGGAGCAACAACUUUCAAGCAGCAUCAAGGCACACGAUGAUCUGAAGUCGUCUGUCGAAACACGCGAACAGGAAGCCGACCGGGCUUACAGGGAGAAAUUGGAACAGCUCGAGAACGACUACCAGUCUGCUGUUCACUACGUCAAGGGUACCGAGAAAAUGCUGAAGCGCAUGAAGGAUGAACUGGCCAGGUAUAAGACUCAGUAUGCAAAGGCACAAUCGGAAUUGGAGGCGGCAAAGAGUUCCAGCCAGGCUAGAGAUGUUCCGGCGGACUGGGAAAGCGAGCGCUCAAGACUCCAGCAGGCGAUCUCCGACCUAGAGCAAGGAACGGCUUCUUCCAUUUCGAACCUGGAGAACCAAGUUUUGAGAUUGAAGAAUGACCUUACCGCGGCUCAAGCUGACAAGAAGAAAUCUCAAUCCGAAUACGAGAAGAUUAGGCAGGAACUUGCUACUGCUGCCCAGAGGAGCCGGGCUGAACUGGAUCAGUUGAAGCAGGAGAAUUCUUUGCUCGAGACUCGUGCAUCAGAUGCUGAGCAGAAAGUUACCAUGCUCCUGGAUCAGGUUGAGACGUCCGUCGGACAUUACCGCCGACAGUCUCAGCACAGCCAAGGUGUCAAUGGCAACGUCUCGCGCACGCACAGCAGUGCUUCCAGCAACACCAUUGGUGCUGGCCGACCAAGAGCCGAUAGUGCGGUGUCGCAAGAUGACUCGUUCCCUGACAACCGGGGCUCCGUGGCCCUCGAUUCACUAGCCAAUGAGCUGGAAGCCUUGCGUACUCACUGGGAGAGCACCAACCGCAACUAUCGAUUGAGUACCCAGUCCGAUUUCGAUCGGACACCGACUAAGGAGACCCACGACGGUGGGGGACUGAGCGACAGCCUUGCUGAAUGGAGACGGAAAUUGGAUGAGGAAGAAGCACGGGCAGAGUCACCCGUGGCCCCCAGCACCGAGAGAAACAAGCCUCGCAACCAUGGCGAGGUCCCUCCGGCUGCGAAUAUGAUAUGA